AUGAGCAGGGACGUGACCCUCGCCAUCUAUGCCAACAUGCUGGGCAUGUUGCUCUUCCUGCUUGUCGUUCUUUACCACCACCUGGCCGUCAACAAUCCCAAGAAGCAAAAAUGA